AAUUCCUACGCUACAAAAGCCUUACCCUUUGCCUUUGCUUUGUCCCUUCCUUUUCCUUCCUUCCUCUUUUUGCUUACUGCUCACUGAACUGACCCACCAUCACCAACCAUUCCUUCAACGCCAUCACUUUUCUUCUCCCACUUCUGUUUUCUCAUCACUUCCCUCAUGCCUCAUAUAAAUCCAACCCCCACAUCAAUGCCUCACCCAAAUCCUCCUCCCUUACACUGCCGGCCAUGUCCACACUCACCCUCAUCCUCACCUUCUUCCUCCUCUGCUUUCCCUUUGCCAGAUCCAACCCUUUCUCUCGCCCGGCUAUUUUCAACUUCGGAGACUCCAACUCCGACACUGGCUGCCUUGUGGGUGCCGCCAUUGAGAGCAUCAACCCCCCUUAUGGCCACCGCUUCUUCGGACACCCCUCUGGGAGAUACUGCGAUGGCCGCCUCAUUGUUGAUUUUCUCUUGGAUGCCAUGGAUAUGCCUUUUUUGAAUGCUUAUCUUGAUUCCCUUGGGGCGCCGAAUUUUCGGAAGGGAUGCAAUUAUGCAGCAGCAGGCUCGACUGUUCUUCCAGCAACUGCUACCUCUGUUAGCCCUUUUUCCUUUGGGGUCCAGGUGAAUCAGUUUCUUCAUUUCAAAGCUAGAGUUCUUGAGCUUCGAGAAGGAAAAGGAGGUAAGAAACUUGAUAAGUAUCUACCAGCUGAAGAAUACUUCCAAAAGGGGCUUUACAUGUUUGAUAUUGGCCAGAAUGACCUUGCUGGUGCAUUUUACUCCAAAACUCUUGACCAAAUUCUUGCCUCAAUACCUACCAUUUUAGCUGAGUUUGAGAGUGGAGUUCAGAAACUGUUCGACCAAGGAGCUAGGAACUUUUGGAUACACAACACGGGCCCUCUAGGAUGUUUGGCUCAGAAUGUUGCUAAAUUUGGAACUGACCCAUCAAAACUUGAUGAAUUUGGAUGUGUUAGUUCACACAACCAAGCAGCCAAGCUCUUUAAUCUACAACUUCAUGCUCUCUGUAAAAAACUGCAGGGACAAUAUACUGAUAGCAACAUUACAUACAUUGAUAUCUACUCGAUCAAAUCAAAUCUUAUUGCCAAUUAUUCACGACUGGGGUUUCAACAACCGAUUAUGGCUUGUUGUGGUUAUGGAGGUCCACCUCUUAACUACGACAGUCGAAUCGUAUGUGGACAAACAAAGAUGUUGAAUGGGACAUUGGUCACGGCGAAAGGGUGUGAUGAUAGCUCAGAGUACAUUAAUUGGGAUGGAAUUCAUUACAGUGAAGCUGCAAAUCAGUAUGUGUCAUCACAAAUACUCACUGGGAAAUAUUCUGAUCCACCCUUCUCAGACAAAAUGCCUUUCCUUCUCAAGCUCAAGUUCUAGUUCCCUUAAUUUAUUCAUUACCCAAUUGAUAACUAAUAUAUAUAUAUAUAUCUAAAUGUCAGUAUUCAGUUUGGGAUUUCAAACCAAGAUCUGACCAGGGGUCAAUGAACAAUGGAUUUAUGUUUGGACGUUGGAUCAAAUAAUCCAUUAUCUAAAUUCAUUUUAUGGCUCCUAUUUCUAGAUUACAAACACAGUACAUAAUGGGUAAGGAUAAAUCAAAAUUACAAGUGUUGUAAACGAGUUAUAACUUUGCUCUCCCUUCUUAAUUGGAUGGAAUCUGAAACAAUAUGAAUCCAACUUUUCUAAAUAAAGUUAAACUUUGUGUUUGAAUA